AAUAGAAAAAAAAUAUUAAUUUUGUAAAAAAAUUUCAAAAUUUUUGUGUUUUUUUUACUGAUUUAGUACCUAAAAAAUCAUGGCAGACACACACUGUCACAAGCACAGUGAACCAACUUUUGAUCCUUUUCCAAGUUCGAAUUGUAAGUCGAAUGUGAAAAUCGGCGAACAGGGAUGCUCGUCGAAAUUGGAGGACGCAGUGAAAAGAUUUGCAGAAAGACGAGUCGAUUUGUCAGAACAUGAACGCUACUUAAAAGAUAAAGUUUCAACGAUGGAGAGAUCAAUUCCCGCCUUGAUGGCUUUCAAUAUGUGGAGGGCGGGAGAAAAAUGCAAAGACCCUCCACUUUGCAAAAUUCGUGAGAUUAUGAACAAAUUUUCACCCUAUCCCGAUCCCACGGAAAGUCUUCUGGAGAAUCUGAGGACGACAGUUCAGGAUAUCAAUCGAGAGAUAUCAGAGUUGCACGAGAGGAUAAUAGCCGCAGAUGUAGAUCUGGAAGAGAAGGGAAUGCAGCUCGAGUCUCUUGAAUUGUCAAACAACGAGAUGGGUAGUGAAUUAAAAACUUUGGAGAAAGAAAUUUCCGACAAAUCUACUUUGAGUUUGCACUCGAUUCAUUCGGAGGAUUUAAUCUGCCUGAGUCGAAUUCGACAAUUGGGAGAAGAAGAGAGAAGUCUAAAGUGCUGCAUAAGACAAUUAGAAGAGAAGGAAAUGGCCUAUAGACAACAAAUGGAAAUGCUUCUGAUUUCGAAAGAUUUUCAAAAUUCUCACGGCGCUUCGCAAAUGACCAAUAGACUCCAGGAACUUGAGAUGAGUGAGAAAAAAUUGCGCUGCUCGUAUCAAACCCAAAAAUACAAUAUGCACCAGAUGAAGAAGAAAAUUAUAGAGAAAAGUGAAAAAAUUGCAAAACUGAAAAAACAAAGUGGAAUGAUUCAGGAGACAGGUGAAGAAAAUUAUCCUCUAGAAGAAAAUAAGGAAGGAAAAAAGAAUGAGUGUACAAAAGUGUUGAAAGAACAACAAUGGACUUCUUGGACGAAAAAUAAUAGGAAUAAUCAUAGUUGUAGACUUACUGGACAAUCAUGUUGUGUUUAUCAUCCGAAAAAAGCGAAUUUAAAGAAAAAAUCUUGUCGCUGUUCCGCAGACUCAAAAUCUGGAUAUCCUUCUCAAAAUUCCUCGUCAUUAAGAAAUAACCUUUGUGCUGAAAAUCCACUUUGCCAACUUGAAACAGCAGGUCGAAGCGAUUGCCAAAGUUCGAGUAAAGAAAAAUAUGUCCGAGAAAAUUUAAAAAAUCUCUGUAAAUGUGACGUCGAAUUGGAAAAUGACUACAAUUCUGAAAUGAAGAAACGAGAUUUUCAAAACUGUAACGAGAGUAGCAGUGAUGAUGAAUUUCACGAAUGUGUUUAA